ACGUUUAGUUGGCAACGCCAUAAGUGUGUUGAUGGGAAAAAAAUGAAGUGUGUUACGAUCAGCAGGCAAAGCAGAAAAUUUUAGUGAUUAAAAAAUUAUUCAAUUAAAAAUUGGAUGAAAAAAUCGCGCAAAUAUAUAAAAGACAAAUAGCAGCUGCAUAUGAAAGGUCCAAGCAUACACAUAGUAAUACAAGAAAAGGACCGAGAAAGCAGAUAGUUGAUCUCAAGGCGAAGGCAGUGGAUGACGACUCCCCUCUGCUUCUGAUAAGAUUUAUGCAUGAUUGCUAAACGCUUGAGAAAAUUACCGAAACUUGUCAAAAAUCAUCGGAUAGUGCAAUCUUAACGCUAACAUAGUCUUUAAUUAAAUCACCUGAUUACGGUGAAAUAAUAAACGUUAAAGUAUUGGGAGCAACACGAGUGACACUAAAAAAUUGAAAUUAAGUAAAGAUGUAAACUAGAAGUUGCGCUCUACAUGCGUACGUGGAGUGCAUAAUUGUAAGGGAAAAAUAACAUAUAAAUAAUUUUAAUUUAUAGCAAACAACAUACAAACAACUGUGAGUGCAUUUCUAGUCCCGCUAUCAAAUUUAAAAAAAAAAAUUAUACAACGAAAAAGCGGACACAGCGUCCUAUCGCCAUUGCCUCAAACAGUGCAAACCAAUGAUUGUGCCUAGCACAUAUGCAAUGGAAAUACAAAUACAUCAGCAGCACACAACUGAUGAUAGCAUUAAUAAUAAUAAUAACAAAACAAGUAUAAUAGAGCAAACCCUAGUUGCAGCAACAACUCAUACUGUAACAGCCAAGAAUAGCAUUUUAAUGCCACCUUUAGACACUAAACUGUUGGCCAACAAACAAGGAUUACACACCAAUAACGAGGCUAACAAUAUCAAUAUGGAUGUGGAGACCGCUGACGGUGAAGUGUCAGUGCUGCUGGCCAAUAAGAAUUUUCACUAUGACGCACUCUCCAACCCAGAACAGUCAUAUGAAGCUAAUGUCAAUGUUGACGGUAAUGGCGGUGCCAAAUUCGUAGCUGGUGAUGAGGCCAAACAACUACUAAAUGAGCAAACACAACCGCAAGUUACAUGGCUAGAUAGUGAACAAAUUGACGCACUCGACCUGACAACUCUGGACAUUGGUAAUAUGUUCUUUAAUCGUGUCGAUAGUGCGGAGAUCAUUUAUCAGAAGAAAAAGAAGGAAAUCAAAAUGGUUGGAAAGUAUGUAAUGGGUGAUGUGCUGGGCGAAGGAUCGUAUGGUAAAGUAAAGGAAGUGCUCGACUCGGAAAAUCUCUGUCGGCGUGCAGUAAAGAUACUAACAAAGCGAAAACUGCGACGUAUACCGAAUGGAGAACAAAAUGUACAGCGUGAAAUACAAUUAUUACGGAAUUUGCAGCACAAAAAUGUGGUGGCGCUUUUGGAUGUUUUGUACAAUGAGGAGAAGCAGAAAAUGUACAUGAUCAUGGAAUACUGUGUGGGCGGAUUACAGGAACUUGUGGAUAGCGCACCCGAAAAGAAACUACCUCUAUUCCAGGCACAUCGCUACUUUUGCCAAUUAAUUAGUGGCCUGGAGUAUCUACAUGGUUGUCGCAUAAUACAUAAAGAUAUUAAACCCGGAAAUCUAUUGCUUUCACUAGAACAAAUAUUAAAAAUUUCCGAUUUUGGCGUCGCGGAGCAACUGGAUUUAUUCGCUGUAGACGACACAUGCACCACCGGACAGGGAUCACCUGCAUUUCAACCGCCGGAAAUUGCCAAUGGACAUGAAUCAUUCUCAGGCAGCAAAGUGGAUAUUUGGAGCUGCGGUGUUACGCUCUAUAACAUCUGCACAGGCCAGUAUCCAUUCGAAGGUGAUAAUAUUUAUAGGCUAUUUGAGAAUAUCGGACGUGGACAAUGGCAGGCACCUGAUUGGCUAUACAAAUUAGACGCACAAUUAGCCGGUCUCAUAUUGGGUAUGCUACAAGCUGAUCCAGCCAAGCGAUACUCUAUACAACAAAUACGCUGUGAUCCCUGGUUCAUAUCGGCACCGGAAGAGAAAGGCCCACCAAUACCCAUACCGCCAUUGAAACACGAUGUUUAUCGCCGUUCCACGGUACUGCCUUAUUUAGAUGCUUAUCACUAUGAAACUGAGCGUGAUUUGGAAGAGGUCUACUUUACCGAGCACGAUCUCAAUCGUGAACUCGCACUUCAGGCAGCCGCUGCAGCUGCCGAAAUCAAAGCACAACAGCAACAAAAACAAUUGGCGGCUGCAAAUUCAAUAGGGCCAUCAACAAGCGCCGGUGCGUCUACUACAAACAGCAUUAGUAAGGAGAAGAAAUCUUCUUCACUCAAACGGCGCGCCAAAAAGCUAACAUCAUGUAUAUCUGUGAAGAAGCUCUCCAAUUGUCGCCCGUCGUAAUAAGCCGUUAUGUAUUUGAGCGCACAUGCGUAGUCAUUGGGAAAAACAGAAAAACAAAAAACAAGAACAUAGUUUUAAUAUUAUGAAAGAAACAAAAUUAAGAAUUUUCAACUCUGAACAUUUCAUUAGUUGUUGAAUGUCAAGUCAGUUUAGCCUUAUACAUAGACGGUGCAGCUUGCAGUGCAGUGCUGCGGAGAAUGAUUAGCAACUUCUCGCGCGCCAAAAAAAAACAAAAACAAAAGCAAGUCACACGCCAACUUAAUUAUUGGAACAUACAAACUACUACUUAUCUACAAUGGAGUAAUACUUUAUUAAUUUUGUUUUCCUUUGCGUUGUUUUUUUUUUGCUAGUAUUUAUUAAAAUGAAAAUUAGUUUUCGGUAAAACUGUAUUAUUCGCGUCCGCUUUUUUGUUGUGUAAUUUCUAGGUAGUACAUACGUUUUAUUUAUUAGCUUAUGCGUGAAAUAUACUCCUUACGUAUUUUUGUUUUGUUUUUUUUUUUGUACUCACUUUUCUUUCACAACAUGCGCUACAGUGAAAGGAAGUUGUGCAAAAUUAAUGAAUCAAUCAAUCAAAAAAUUAUUUUUAACGUAUUCAUAUAACAUUUGCGUGUAAUAUUUGCUUAAACAAUCUGAGCGUUGUGAAACUCACACACACUUGCCGUUUCGAGUGCGGCUUUUAUCGCGUCAAUAAACGAUAUAACAAGUUGGCACUUGUUCUUAUGCGGCACAUUGAGUUUGUUUAUUAAAAUGUAUUAUUUUUUGUACGCCCAAAACAUGUGCAAUCACAAACGCAAUCACAUACGUGCAUACGUAAUUUGUAGAAUACAUAUAUUUUGAAAACUUGAAGAAUUCAAUAACCCUAAUACAUUAUAUAGAAAUGAUACAAAUAGCAUAUAUAUACAUAAAUACAAAACAUGCAAAAAUACAUACAUAGAAUGCAUUCAAUAAGCAAAUGAAAAAUGCAAUGCAUACAUUUCCUACCGACAAUACAAAAAAAAAAAAAAAUUGAAAAAAAUAUUGUGUUUUCGUUUCUUAGCUGAAAAAUGAAAUCUUAUUUGUUAUGAAUUACAUAUGUGAUUGGUUUAAUCGAACCAAUUUAACUAUACAGAAAAACAAAAACAAAAAAUAUUUUCCAUAUUUUUAACACUUGAAAAAAAUAUAAACCGUUUGUUGUAAAUGAAAA